AUGAAGACGAAAAACAUAGAACCAUCUAUUAUGGUAUCAGGUGACAACUCCUAUGGCCAACUUUGGUGCAAGAAGGAGACACAAGUCACAGCUAAAUUCAUUAAAGCAACAUCUUUCCCAUUCGAAUCAAAAAUUUCUAGAAUAUCACACGUUUCUGCAUGGAAUCAAUCUAUUGCUUUCGUUUUCGAUGAUUUUAAAGUAUUUUUUAGACCAGAGGAUGGACAAAUUCACGAAUUUUCUACAGGAACUUUACGUCAGAUUUGUUGCUUAGAAAAUAAUGUUAUUACUCUCCAGUACGAUGGCAAAGUAUAUAACUAUUUAGAGAAGAAUUUCUAUCAACAAGAAGGAAUUUCUCAAAUUGCGGCAUCAAAUAAUUAUAUUCUCGGCUUAAAUAAUACAGGUGUUGUUUACUUAUUUGGAGCUGUUAAUGAACCAGCUAAAGAAAUUGAAAAGGAUGCAACAGCUAUCUGCUGCACAGGAGAUGAAGUAUUUAUCAUUAAAUCUAAUAGUAUUAUUGUUUGGACAAAUGAAGAUUCUAAGAGCUUUGAAACUUCUACAAAGAUUAUUGCUGGUUAUGGUUCAGAAACAGAAGCUUUAUUUAUUGAUACGGAUGGAAACCUUUGGCAUUACGAUAGCGAUGCAUUAUUACAAGUAUUUGGACUUCCACCAGUAGUAUUUGCUGCUGUUGGCAUCCAACACUAUGCUGCAAUUAGUUAUGAUGGAUCUCUUUAUACAUGGGGCUUCAAUCCAUCUGCCCAGCUUGGAAUUGGAAGCGAUAAGCCAUCAAACGAUCCAUAUCACGUCCUUGAUGGUACAAGAUUAGUUGCUUGCGGAACUCAUCAUACUCUUGCUGUUUGUGGUGGCGCACCAGAAAUCCCUGAAGGUUUUAAUAAUUCUGUUAUGAUAAAAUCUGCGAAACUUCAUCCAAACCAAAAAUCAGUAAUUUCUCGCGCUGAACUUUUAUACUAA